AUGUUGUUCGAUCACUCCGUAGCUACCAAGGAAUUCAUGAUUGGCGAGCAUAAAUGGAAGGAUUAUCUAAAGUGGGUAAGAUGGGGAGACCAAGUCGAUUCUCAUGAAGAAUGUGUUGCAUGGGUUAGAAUUACGGGACUCCCACUACACCUGUGGGGGCAGUGUAAUUUUGGGAAUAUCAUAGAUAUGUUUGGGAAGACGAUCGCACCAUUUGAAGACAUUCCCUACAGAGUGGAUCUGUCUCAUGCUAAGAUUGGACUACUAACCUCCACGAGGGCUCGAAUUAACGAUGAAAUUCACGCGUCGUUUGAAGGAAAAGUCUUUAAACUGGGCAUCAUUGAAUUUGACGAAGAUUGGUUCCCAUUCAGAUUCGACCCACCUGAAGACGGUAACGAAAAGAUGGUUGUAGACGAUCAGAUGUCAGCGAAAAAUGAUGAAAGGGAAGAUGGGGAGAUAUGGCCGGAAACCAAUGAAUUGGAUGAUCAAGAGCCGGGAAAAACUAGGGUUCCGGCGAGUGAACCUAACAGGAUGGAGAUGGAAGACGAAGAGACUCAUUGUGCUGCGGCGAUUGUAACGAAAAACAUCGAGGGAGGCAGCUGA